AUGGAGAACUUCGAUUGCGUGGUGGUCGGCGCCGGUUGGUACGGCCUGGCCGCGGCCAAACAGUACCAUGUCACCCACCCGACGGGCUCGUUGGUGGUGUUCGACGAGCAGUCCACGCUGGGGGGCACCUGGGCUGCCGAGCGUCUGUAUCCGCUGCUGAAGAGCAAUAACCUGCUGGGGACGCUGGAAUAUCCCGAUUUCCCCAUGACCACCGCAAGGUUCGGGGUCAAGACCGAUAACUAUGUCCCUGGCGAGGUCGUCCAUGAGUAUCACCAGGCCUACGCAACCGAGUUUGGCAUCGUUGAGCAUAUCAGGUUACGGACAAAAGUCCUAUCGGCCGAGCACCUAGACGGGGCUGAAGGAGGCUGGAUCUUGACUACCGCUUUCACGGAUGCCGGUGGCAAGCAGGAGCAGAAGCUUGUCAAAGCACGUCGGCUCAUCGUCGCCACGGGGAUCACUUCAGAUGCCUUCCUCCCGCAUUUCCGGGGGCAAGAAACCUUCGGCGGCCGCGUCUUUCACGGCAAGCACUUCCGGCAGAACCGCGAUACACUGAAGACGGCCAAGUCAGCGGUGGUGUUCGGCGGCCACAAAUUCGCCUGGGAUGCCGCCUACGCCUACGCAACUUCGGGCGUGGAGACGCACAUGGUCAUCCGGGCCUCCGGCCACGGCCCCUGUUGGAUGUCUCCUUCAUACGUGACGCCGCUGAAGAAGUGGAUUGAGAAGCUCGCGAAUAUCCGCGCCCUCACCUGGUUCAGCCCCUGCAUAUGGGGCAACGUGGACGGCUAUGGCGGCAUCCGCAACUUCCUCCACGGCACCGCGCUAGGGCGAAAGAUAGUCGACAUCUUCUGGAGCGUCCUGGGCGGCGACGUCCUGGCGCUGAACAAGUACGACGCGCACCCGGAAACCGCCAAACUCAAGCCGUGGCUCCCCGCCAUGUACUCCGGCACCAGCUUCAGCAUCCUCAACUACGACACCGACUUCUUCCAGCUCGUCAAGGACGGCAAGAUCCGCGUGCACGUCAGCGACAUCACCCACCUCAGCCCGGGCAAGGUGCACCUCUCGGACGGCGUGCAGCUCCCCGCCGACGUGCUGCUCGCCACCACGGGCUGGGGGCACGCCGACGCCCAGAUCCUCGCCACCUUCCCGCGCCUGCGCGACGAGCCCGUCUGGGACGCGCACUACACGCCGAUUACCGACCUGCCGGGUAUUGUUCCCCCCACCGAGGUCGACACCGACGCGACAGCCUCAGCAACAGCGGCGGCCACAGAGCUCGCAACGCCCGCGCCGAGCGCCCAACUGACCCCCUUCGUGCUGCACCGCUUCAUCGUCCCGCCCACCGCACAAUCCCUGCGCGCGCGCGACCUGGCCUUCGUCGGCAGCGUCGCCAACUUCAGCAACGUCAUCACGGCGCACGUGCAGGGCCUGUGGGUGGCGGCGUAUUUUGACGGGCGGGUGCGCGGGUUGGGUGGUGAUCUAAGCAAUGGGGAGGGGAAGGGGUUGGAGGAGAUCCGCAGGGAGGCGCUGCUGCAUAACCGGUUCGGGCGCUGGCGGUACCCUGUCGAUUGGGGCAGUCGGACGCCGAGUUUUAUCUUUGAUGCGGUGCCGUAUUUGGAUCUGUUGUUGUCCGAUUUGGGUUUGCAGACGCAUCGUAAGGGGGGGCUGGUGGCGGAGCUGUUUAGUCCGUAUGGGCCGGAGGAUUAUCGGGGGGUCAAUGAGGAGUGGGCGGCGGCGGAAGGGAGGGCGUGA